GUGAUAAGUAGAGACUGAAGGCACUUUCUGGGGCGGGAAAUGGGGGAGUUUAAAGUCGGAGGUUUUGGUCUUACGGUCAUCCAGUCAGCUGGCUUAAGGUAUUUUAUACAUAGGAAGUGCACUGCUGCAUGCAUGGUGGACGGCCGCAACAAUGAUGAGGCGAGCAAUAUGGGCAUUCAGUGCAUGCACGCGGAUGGACCGGCGGGUGAAGCUGGUAGAUCUCAAUGAACAGAUCUGCUGCAAGCUGUGUAACGGCUACCUCAUCGACGCUACUACCAUCACCGAGUGCCUCCAUACCUUUUGUAAAAGCUGCCUGGUGAAGUUCCUGGAGGAGAACAACACCUGCCCCAUCUGUCACCUUGUCAUCCACCAGAGCCAUCCGCUCAAUUAUGUUGGAUUCGACCGGACGAUGCAGGACAUUGUGUACAAGCUGGUUCCAGACUUACAGCUCAAUGAAAAGAAAAAAGAGAAGCUUUUCUACGAGUCGUUUGGCAAGAAAGAGCCGGAAGAGAAAGAAGAAGAAAACAAGGAUGAUUGCAUCACCAAGGAGGAGGACUCGGACUGUCACCGCAGCGAUGAGCAGGUCAAGAUCUGUCUGGAGUGCAGUACGGAGCAGUUGCGGCCGCUGCGCAAGAAGUACAUCCGCAUCUCCGCCCAGGCCACCAUCAACCACAUCCGCAAGUUUGUGGCCAAGAAGCUCAAGCUGGAAGGCUUUCACCAGGUGGAGAUUCUAUGCAACCAAGAAAUACUAGGCAAGGACCACACGUUGAAAUUUGUCUGUGUCACAAGAUGGAGAACAAAGCAAUACCCCCUGAUGUUGGAAUACAGACCCAGUAUUACGCUAUGACGGCAACCCUGGGGCCUGUCGUCGCACUGCCCAUCAUCACACCAUCGUCCAUAUUAAAAAAGAUCGGGGAAACAAGAAAAAAAAAGGAGAAAAAUCCCAGAAAACUUUUUGUACAGCCGCAGAAGAUAAGAGACUAUUUUAUAUAUUUUGUGAGAUUUUUUCGGACGACUAUCGAGCCAAACUUUUUAUGCUGGAGCUGUUUUGUAUAUGUUAUUACCAGCAGGGCUCUGAGUUUUUAUACAUGAAUGUAAUUAUUGAGGAACACACAGUGUUAUCCUUUGACCCCUGGAGGAAUGUUACCUGUUGGACCCGCCCUCCCCAGUCAUGGAGCUGCGUGAGUGUGGAUCGCCACACCCCUUCUCCGAUUUCAAAGGGAAACUGCCAAGAGCCACCAGAUUGUAAACAUCCCUCAGAAGUUUUGCAUCAACUUGUUUUGUUGUUUGGAUAUCGGUGCGCAUAGACGAAGUACUUGUUUUGCGUGUAUGCUGAAAGGAAAAGAUGAUAACAGUGCCCCUGAGUUGAUACAUCAUGGUUUCCUGCCGUAGACAGUGGGGUCGCCUCUCAUACUCACUGGUAGUCAUCGCGUGAAUGCAGACAGCAAACCAAGUUCAAGUGGAAACCAGCCGCAGUAUCCUUGUGAAGUGUUGUUGUGUACAUGUAUGUAUGGUGCCCUCAAGCAGUCAUGCGUGGAGCCAUUAUUGCAGGUGACAGAUGGGAGACGGUCAUUUUGUUUCGCCUCCAGCGUGCAAAUUGUGCCGAUGUUCAAAUCGGGAUCUUGUCAGUUCACCAACAGCAAGCGUCACCAGGGUUUGUGUAAUACAGUGACAAGUCGCACACCUGCCCAAUAUGAGAUUUGGCUGUCCUGGUACGACGCCUUUCGGAGAAUAAUAGAUGCAUCAGUAAUUCUACAAUGAAUAUCUGGAUAUUAUCGGUUGCCUCCACCUCUUAUCUUUGGAAUUGGAAAUACGACCCGGUAACAAAAUCCAACGCGAGUUGCCUGAGCCAUUUAUCAUCCGCCGUGAAUUGAUUGCACUGGAAGCAUCAGCAUUACACCUUGUGAAUGUUUUUACCACAGACUGAAUGUGUGUGCACUCUAACGUAAUGUAGAGCUGCAUGCACUCCUUCCUCGCAUACGCUGCACACUCACUGCUGAAGUCGAUAAAAAAAGCCCUUCAGUUUUGUUCCUGUUUAUUGUUACCUGUUUUAUAUGGGGACGCAAUCUUCCCUGAAAUAGAUCAGCGUGCGUCAUCCCAGAGAGCGGUGUACAACAGUAUCCUGUCCAAAGUUUCUCCAGCGGAAGACUUUUUAUUUGAAGUCUAUUUUCAAAACCCGUGAAUGACAGUUCUGCGUUACCAGGACUGAGCAAUUAAAAGAAGUUCAAAUCACAGGAGGAUGCUUCUCAAAUUCCAUCAGGCUCUGUCCUCAUCUACAAAAGAAUGGAGCGAUUCCCAUCUCCCUCCAUCCACUACCUGCCUUUGGAUGUAUGUACAUGUAUAUGUAUGUUACUUAACGCGACAGAUCAAUUCAUGUUUCUAAUUGCCCGGGAGCUGUUGUGGUCGUUGAAAGGUUUUCAGGCAGGUAGACCGAGAGGCUGGAACAGUCAAAACAUCCAGCCUGAGCUUGACAAUGUAAUUAUACUGUAAUGCCACUUACUCACUUCUUCAUGAGAAUUUAUGUAGGUGAACAACUUUUUAAUUGUGACAAAAUGUUCGGAGCCUUGUAGAUAGUAAUUAUCUCAUAAUUUGGGCUGCAACUCGGUGAACAGGCUAAAUCUUUAGAUUGGAUGAAUUUGAUGAAAUUGUGAAAGGUUUUGUUGUUUUUGUUAGCACUCUGUGUGUUAUUAACUUAUCAGAGCUUGCCAAGUAUCUUAAACAGUCAUUCACUCAGUGACAGAACUUGGAUACAUUUGGCUGGGGGCACAGGAGGGCCAUCAUUCUCUCGAGGGGAGUACCCCUCACAAUCAAAACAAAGGCAUGCCGUCAACAGAUAUGGUUUUCCCCUUCUCUAAAGGGAAAGGUGGCACAUGGGGGCACAGGCUUUGGGCACUGGGGGGUCUCAUGCCCCCCCCUCCCAUUCCUCAUCUGUUAUGGCAUUGCAUUUGCUCUUCGGUGUUGCUGAAACAUGUACAAAUGUACAUCGUCUGUUUCCAAAGGAAAUCAUACACGUAUCAGGUGAUGGUCAACUCAAUAUCACACACUCUCUGGCCAUUGUCCAACAUCCACUGCAUUUACGUUAAAAAAUGGAUAUGCAUGUAGUACUGCAGAAAAAUCUGUGAUGAUUUUGAAAAAGUUGGAGGAGUGGUGCUGGGCACUUGAAACAGCGAUGAGUUGACUUAAUAUGAGAACACCUACCUUUUAAGGGUGUGUAUUUGGAAACUGAAAACUUUCUUUUUAGACUGUACUUAAAAAAACCCCCGUCACUGAUUCUUUUCAAAUGCUGUGACACAGGCAACAGUCUCGUGGCGAGGGAAAGGUUCUGAGCAGAUCAAUUUUCCACAGCCCGGGGGGGGGGCCUCAUUCUUGGCGGCUCAGUCAGUGAUGUGAUCAGGUUGUGAUCCGUAGGCGCUGUGCAUACCUGUAAAUUGACUGUAUCCAUAGACAGAUCUAAUAUAUAGUAAUUUAUAUUGUGCAGAUUGGUCGGUGGGUGGGUAAGAGUGAGUCUGGUUAGUGCAUGUAUGCUUCUUGUGAAUGGAGAAUGCUAGCAAGUAUUUUUUUAAUUUCUGAAGAAAGGGGUUUUUUUUCCCUGAUGAAAUAGGCACUUGCAUAAAGGUUCUUGGGAAAGUAGUUCAAGGAUACCAAGGCUCAUUUUUGCAAUUUUUUUUUUUUUGGAAAGAGGGAAGCUUUUUGUUCCUGUUGAGAAAGUUUUAAAGUUUUGUCGGAGAUAUGCUGCUGUAUAGGUUUUUGUAACAAGUGUAUUUUUAGUGGAAGUGAUUCUUGGUGGGAUAAUACGUGUAAAACGGGGGGAACCCCUGUUUAUUCCUCACAGAAGGAGAACACGUGACAAAAGUUUAAAAUACGCAACAUUCCCCUUAUAUUGCUGUGUUCAGCUGUUGAAAAAUGUGCUGUUGACUUUCCAAACGUGUCGUAACAAUGAACUGAGAUUAGUUUGCACUUUGAAUGUGAAAGCCUAGCUGUCGUAGUUGGGAAUCCCAGGGGAUACAGUUGUGAGGAGAUCCCGGGCUACUUCCAGGAAAAUGAAAUGGCUGAGAGGGAAACACCAGGAGUUCAGGGAAAACUUUGUGAACUUUUGGUUUCCCAUCGUGAAUUACUGGUACAAGUGACGUGAUCCCUGUCAUGAUGUUCUAAAAGCUUAAUAUUUUUUGCGAAUGAAGAUGAUGAUGCAGUAGGGGCAAGUGUAGUUGCAGGUUACAAUUCUUGCACUCCGUUGGGUACUUCGGAAUCAAGGAUAAAAAUUCAUCUCGUCUUUAGUUGGCCAGAGAUACUCUCAAAGUGAGUCUGUGCCUGGAUUGUGGGCUAAACAGGCAGGUCCCUUCCCAUUUCAGCGUGUUCAAUAUACAUGUAGUAAGAGGAUUCAGAGGAAUGAUCAAAAUAGCCAUCUGGUGAAUGAAGCCUGUGACAACCACAAAAGUCCAACUUCCAAAGUUAAAGUGCCUUCAGGUGAAACCACCCCUUUUUAGCCUCAUGUUUCAAACACCAGGAAUGAAGAACUUCAGUUCAAUGUUCUUUUAAUGUUUGUUUUUAGAAAGAAGUAUGCCUAUGCUUUUUGCUUUAGCAGACUGAAACCAGAUUCACAUGGCAGAAACUGUUCAAUCAGAAUAUUGUUUACAAGUUUAAUUAGUCGGAUGAUCACCAUUGUGGUGUAUUGACAAUAUUGGUAAAUAGGUCACACUACUUUCUGAUACUGCCGAGUACUUCCUGGUGUUUCCCCCACUGUCCCAAGAAAUGCAGCAGAUUCCUGGAAAGAACGACACGUGUAACAUGCUACACACUGCCCUCUAUAAUUCCAAUUCAAGAGGCCAUGCUCCUGCAAUUUCAACCACGGAACAUGACUUUGUCCCAGCUGGUAGCAAAUUGAUGCACUUCAGCGUUUGAAGCUGUCAAAAGUCUGGCCCUCAGCUGUAGUGCAGACAGUUUGAAUUUGAAGAGAUUUGGGAGAGUUUGUUGUGCAGAGCAACUCUAGAGUUACUUGGGGAUUUCCAAUUUCUAAAGUUCUAAUACGUGUACAGCCUCUAGCACAAGGGUGACAAAAUGAUACCUCAAAAAAUAACCAGCCAUUCAAAAUAUUUUUAAAAAUUAUUCUUAUAUUGAAUGCUGGUAGAAUAACAAACCAGAAAUCGCUCACCGGUGGAUGGAUGGCUCUGGUUGUGAAUUAUUGACCAUUGUGAAGUAAUUUCAUUUAUUUCACAUGAAGGACAGCCUAGAAGCUUUGAGGAAAUGUGAAGGGAUGGUGAUAGUUCGGCAGGGGGGUCAGUUUGGAAGUACACAUUACAUUGAGAGUUGCCAAGUGUUGAAAGUUUUGCCAAGCAGAAAAUGUAACCAGUAGAAAUUCUUUAACAAUGGGUUGGUGGGUUCUGUUCCAGCUGGUGCUUGACCAAAUUCUGCUGUGUGUACUAAACUUUCCAAGCAAUAUUACGCUUAAGCAACUCUCUCGGCCCUGGAUGUAAGUUAGCAGUAUGGAUGUUUCAGUUGAAGUGGUGCUACGUAAAACAUUUGCAAUCAUUUACUUUGUGCAUUAUCUUUUGCCAGUAAUGCACGUUAUUUAUAUUGUAGAAAUUUUUGGUUUCUUUCAGUUAACAUUUUUGAGGAUUUUUGAUUUCUUGUUUAAGAAAAUAUUGACUUACAUUAAGAUUCACAAAGGAGAAACAUUUUAAUUAUGUGCACAAGUGUACAUUUCCCUGUCGACAUUCAUGCCAAGAAUGAACACUAUCCCAUGUUUGUUGUUAAACUCCAUGGUACAUGUAUUUAUACUUUCAGAUCCAAGACUGUGUUUCUGGUAAAGUGAAAGAACGUAAUCUACUUCCUAAAUGACAUUUCCCCCAAACCAUUCAGUAUGUUAGUAUUCCUGUGGUUGUGCAUUGUACCAGCACAGUGUGAUCACAAGUCACAUAACCCAGAUACUGCAGCUGCGUUUACUUAUUCAUGAGGUGAGAUGCCUCAAGAUUGUGCAGAGAGGUACAUACUUGGAGGUUCGCUGGACAACGCAUCAAGUGCAUUACAGGGCAAGUGCGACUGGUCGACUCGAGUCAACUUUUGCCCCUAAAGGGGUACAUCGUGUGCAUUUAUGUAACUUGAUAACUUCAUAAGGGAGAGGCGCGAGUGCAUAUUUGCAGGGCUGUAGUUGAGUGCAUGUACAAUGCACUUGGCAUUGCCUCGAAAUGUGUAUAUUGCUGGAGUUUAUAUUGCCUUCUCCAUGCGCAAGAUGUCUUUAAGGGGCUGUAACCCAUCCAUUCCUUAAAAAGUGCAAAAUAUUCUGAGAACCAAGCAUUUUGAUUUGCCACAAGCAACGAAUGUGUCGGGUUUGCAUGCAGUGGCCUGUUUAAAAUGGGCCUUCAUAUUUCGGGUGGGAAAAAAAUGACUUCAACUGUCAAUAAUGUGUCUGCAUUGAAUGCCCAAUAUGCAUAUUACAGACACAUGAGGGUAAAAUCAACCAUGGUUUUGAUAUGUGACCGCUGAUUUCCUGCUUCAUCAGCAUAUGAGAACAUUUCAAAUUGCCUGAAUGCGAUUGAAAAAUAAGAAACCUUACCAGAAACACACGUUUUUUUCCCCAUCUGUGUGUGAUUUUUGUUUGUCUCACUGAAGUACACAUUUCAACUGAGAGAGCUCAACUGUAUUGAUACAUUAUUUAUGCUGUGGGCAACUAUGAAAACCGCCACCAGAUUGAGUUAUAGACAUUUGGGAGCUGCCUGCAGGUAGUCCAAAUAAGAUUUAGUGUGUCAACAUUCUGAGAUCUUUCUGAUUUCAGUGUUUCAAUAUCAACCCGGGUUUAAGUGUUUCAAUAUCAACCUGGGUUUAAAGAGACACAGAUGAUGGAUUCUACCCACCAGUAACUGAUCAGGUUGUCAGUUCUGGUUUGUAUGAGCCAUUAAUUUCCUUCUGUAUUCACAGACAAUUUUGUUCUCUCUCUUUAGGAUUGAAUUCCAUUACAGUGGUUUACAAUCAGGUCUUUGGAAAAUGGUCAAAAAUAUAAACUAUUUUGAAUUAGAAUCGAACACACCAUUGUAGAUUUCUAACAAUUAAGAGAUAGUAUCUUUUGCAGCCAGAGAUCAAUGUGCUUAUAUCAUGAUUUUUUCCCCAAAAUCGGACUGCUAAAAUCUGUUGUAACUUCAGUCCCAGUUUGGAUGGUAUUGUGUGAUCGUCUUUUAAUAAGUGCAGAAAAUAUUUUUGUAAAAUGAAUUUACAUUUCUGUCCCAUCCCCAGCCCAGUUGGUGAUAGGGUUUUUGAAUCUCAGUCUUGCAGCCUCAUUUGAGAAUAUUUCCCUUGAAUGAAUUAACACUGACAUUUCUGUUGUUGCACACAUGAAAAAAAAUGUAUCCAUGAAAUGAAUGUUGAGCAUCUGUGGAAUCCAAUUUGACAUUUUUAUCCAUCAUUAUUGGACCUUGCUGUACAUACUUGGCCUGUAAUACCCUGGAAUACAGACUGUUGUGUAAUAAAAAAUGACAUGAAUCUAUUUGUAAUAUUGAAAA